GGAACCGUUUCCACCCGGAACCGCGUCCGAGCAGAGGCUGAGCUGCAGAGGCCGGACGUUGCUCUUGCGAGCAAGUGUUCCUCGCCGUCCGCAAUGGGAUGUUAAAUUAUGUCUGUGGGAUUUUUAACUGCUGAGUUCUUCCUGCACAAAACAGAAUGAGACAGUUCUCCAAAGUUGUUACUUUUUCAAACGUCGCUCUGUCGUCCAGGACUGAGAAUUUGAUCUGAAAAUAAAUCAGAAUGAGUUAUACAGAAAAACCCGAUGAAAUCACAAAGGAUGAGUGGAUGGAAAAGCUCAAUAACUUACACGUCCAGCGAGCAGACAUGAACCGUCUCAUCAUGAACUACUUGGUCACAGAGGGCUUUAAGGAAGCAGCAGAGAAGUUUCGGAUGGAAUCUGGGAUCGAACCUAGUGUUGAUCUAGAAACGCUCGACGAGCGAAUCAAAAUCCGGGAGAUGAUACUGGAAGGCCAGAUUCCCGAGGCCAUCGCACUGGUCAACAGCCUCCACCCGGAGCUUCUGGACACAAACCGCUAUCUUUACUUCCACCUACAACAACAGCACCUGAUCGAGCUGAUCCGCCAGCGGGAGACGGAGGCGGCGCUGGAGUUCGCACAGACCCAGCUGGCUGAGCAGGGCGAGGAGAGCCGGGAGUGCCUGACCGAGAUGGAACGCACGCUGGCCCUGUUGGCCUUCGACAACCCCGAGGACUCGCCCUUCGGAGACCUGCUCAACAUGAUGCAGAGGCAGAAGGUGUGGAGUGAAGUGAACCAAGCUGUCCUGGAUUAUGAAAAUCGUGAGUCAACACCCAAGCUGGCAAAGUUACUGAAACUACUCCUUUGGGCUCAGAAUGAGCUGGACCAGAAGAAAGUCAAAUACCCCAGAAUGACAGACCUCAGCAAAGGCGUGAUCGAGGAGCCCAAGUAGAGUCGGCAGGCGCCCCAUUGCACCGCCGGGCCGGCAGAGCACCGUCUGGGACUGAAGAUUUUUACGGCAGCAGAGAACUCUUUCCUCCCCCCUUUCACUUUUUUUUUUUGACCCAGAAUCUUUUCAGAAGGGAAAAGUAGCCCUUUUAAGUGCUGGAGAACGUGCGGUGAAAGACACCGUCUCCUCCGGAAGGCUGGUGAGGACCACAGCAUGGCCUGACCUCCGUGCUCUGGGCGUCUCGGCUCCCAAGGCGCCGCAUCUUAGGGACACUGGUCCACCCCGCGGCCGCCGCCCGGAGCACCGGGGCAGCACUGAUGGCCGUCUUGCUCUCUGUUUGUGUCUGGACAGACAGCGCAUCCUCAUCUUCCCACAUCUCGGCUGGCCUUCGUGUAGAAGUAUUUCCUUCCCCCCUUGGUUUUUGGUUUGUUUUUGUUUUUUCAUAGGAAAGACUAUAUAAAUUUGUAAAUCCCAAUUCAAAGACUUCUUUCGUGUGCGGGUCCUGAGUUUGAUUUUUUUCCCUUUUGGUCGGGGUUGUGUGGCUUUGGGCAAGAUAAGUGUGUGCGUGCGUGUGUAUAUGAGGGGCGGGCUGUGUGUUUUUUAAAUUUUUAAAUAUAUAUUUUGGUGCUGUACGUGGUGAGAGACUCUUUCCUAGUGGAUCAAUGAACCAUCUCUCCUGGGCAGUUAUGUUAAAAAUAAAGGUUUCUCUUUAAUUUCAAGAAUGACCAAAAUGGUCUCUCAAAAGUUUUCAUCAUCUCCAGCACACCUUUUGCUUCUGGGGCUGGCUUCCCCAUGUGACGGCAGUGACACCGUCUAGCAUCUGCAGCUGGAGAGACGGGUGACUGCGCCGCGGCGUGUGCCGUACUUCAGCAUCUCUCACGCUGUCAGCCAGUGCUGUGCCUGUCCUGCUUCUGUGCCCUCAUAUCUGUCCCCUGCCCGGCACCCAGUGCGGUCGGUGAUACCCAGAUGCAGGCUCGGGUGUUGGGCUUUGUGGCAGGUGGCCUGGGGCGCCGGUGCUGGAAGGGGUUCUGUGGAUUGUUGCAGAGCUGCCGGCCCCUGGGCGAGGUGGUGGAGGUGGAGGUGGACGGGGCCCCAGCACGCGGAGCUCUUGGGGCUGGGGGCUCCUGUGCACCCUCUGGUGGGAGCGCCCACGUGGCUGAGACCCAGUUCUCCCUCGUCUGAGCCCUUGUGCAGGGUGGGCUGUGCUGGCCUCCGGGCUCGAUGGAGAGAAAUGCCAUCAGCAGCCGAAUCUGGGGAGCCCGUGGGCCUGGAUGCAUAGUGAAGCAGGUCCUCGGGGAGGUCGGGGCUCUGCCUCCGACCCCCCGAGUGUUUGUCCUGAAGCAUCUGUGGCACCAGCUCUUCCCUCCACUUACCACUCGCUUUCGACCUGCACUUGAGUCUGCAGGGUCACUGGUCUUCAGUGGGUACAGCUUCAGGCAGGAUUUUCCUUCCCCAGGUGGUUGUGUAAUUCAGUCACGGGCGCAAAGGCAAAUAGACCACUCAGGCCCUAGACUGGCCCUUCAUGCUGCCCUUUGGACCUUGUGAGGGUUGGGGGGGUGGGGUGUCCUUUCCUUACCCCCAGAAGUGAUGAGUUUCACCUCUCUCGGUCGUCAGCCUCAGGUGUGACCUUUCCGUAGGAUCAUCUCCUCUGAGGUUUGAGGUUAAAAAUAAGUUAGGGAGAAAGGGGGUUUUAAUCUUCAGGUAAUUAAGACUUAUACAGCAGAAGCUGGAAGAAAAAUAUUAGGGCAGUAGACAUAAAACUACAUUUUUUCAAAAGCAUCCUUUAUUAUUAGUGUAUAUAAGAUUGUUUAUGUGCAUAAUUAAUAUAUAAUCGAUUUGAAAUAUUUUUCAAAGGAGAGGGUUUGAGAUGUACAGUAAUGGGCAAGAAUCAUCCAUCAACUGUCAGGACUUGAAUGGGGUUUGUCACGUGCAUGAAUGUUAAAUGCUUAUGAGAAGUGUUGCUAUUUUAUUCCCCAGUUCAGCCAGUGAGUGACUUGAUCGGCCAGUGCUAAAACCCGUGUGAGCUGGGUGCUGGCCAGACUCGGAGAAUUCACAUGUUACUCUUCAGCUCUUUACCUUUGUUUAAGGGGCUUAGUUCCUUCCCCAUGGGCUGGAAAUCUUCAAGGGGGUGGCUUUGCAGAGACUUUGCAGCCUCUGUUUCCUCUUUUUGCAGCAAGCAGGCUACCUUAAGCCAUUUCAAGAUAACAAGCGUCAAGUGUGCUGACUCUGCUUCGUCUCAUUUGGAUCUCGCUGUUGUGUUUGUCAAAAUGUAAUGUUCUACCAGGGUAGUUUCUUUCUUCUUUCACACUUUCUGGUGGAAAGUGCCUUGAAAUGAAUAAAAUGUGCGAAUAUUCUGGU